UCCUCAGCGACGAGGCAAAUAAUAAGCUCCAGUGCGCCUCGCUGCUCGCUCAGAUCUUCUCGCUUGGGUCGACGGCAGCGGCUCUCGCCACCCCGCUCGUUUGGCUCUCUCCGGCGUUCUCCGCUCGCUACGGGUCGAGCUGGUGUUUCCUGAUUCGUCGAUGCUUCUCUCCCCUCAGCGCUUUUGGAUCUUGCGAUUGACGGGAGUGAGAAGGAAGCGCGUGGCGGCGGACGCUUGUCGGAGGGAGGAGAUAGCUAGAGUAGUUGAUUCGAAGAAUUUUCAGCGGGGUGUUUUGGCUUCAGAGGCGACCUCCGCUUUGGGAUUCAAAGGUAAGCUGCAUAUUGUGAACCAGGAACCACAUUCUUGAAUACACUGCAAAUGUCCUUUUAGGUCUCAAUGAUGUGAUGCUUUAUUCUGAUACAAGCUUUGGCUCUUGAUUGGAAUAACUCUCGAUUGAUAUGCCCCAGCAAUCUACAUCUAUAAAGAAACUUGAUAAAUAAUCAUUCAGUGAUGGCUUGCUUUUCUUGCAUACUCAGGACGAAAGAAAUUUCACGCCAGCAACAUAACCAAUUCAGUGAAGACAUUCCUGGAAUCGAAAGUGUUACAAUCUACACUUACAAGGAACUGAAAAAUGCAACAAACUGUUUUAGUCCAGCUAACAAAAUUGGAGAAGGAGGUUUUGGUUCAGUGUAUAAGGGAAGACUUAGAGAUGGAAAAUAUAUUGCUGUAAAGGUGCUGUCCUCUGAGUCAAAGCAAGGAGCACGGGAGUUUCUGACUGAAAUUACUGUGAUCUCUGGCAUAAUCCACGACAAUCUCGUCAAGCUGUAUGGCUGCUGUGUAGAGGGAUCUCACAGAAUUCUUGUUUACAACUAUCUUGAGAACAAUAGCCUCGCACAAUGCCUUCUUGGUUCCAACCGCAAUAACAUUCAUUUCAAUUGGAGAACACGCGUCAAAAUUUCUGUUGGUGUUGCUCGUGGACUUACAUUUCUUCAUGAAGAAGUUCAGCCACAUGUAGUUCACAGAGAUAUUAAAGCAAGCAACAUUCUUCUCGAUAAGGAUCUAACACCAAAAAUUUCUGAUUUUGGUUUAGCAAAGCUUCUACCAGCUAAUAUGACACAUGUCAGUACUCGAGUGGCUGGAACAAUAGGAUACUUAGCACCUGAGUAUGCGAUUCGUGGACAAGUGACAAGGAAGUCAGAUAUUUAUAGUUAUGGUGUUCUUCUGCUGGAGAUUGUCAGUGGAAGAUGCAACACAAAUACAAGGCUGCCUUAUAAAGAUCAAUUUCUCCUUGAAAGGUCCCCAGAUAUCACGAAUGGACUUCUCGUCUUGCAGACAUGGGCAUUAUAUGAAUCUGGCAAGCUGGUGGAUAUCAUAGAUACUUCUUUGACAGAUGACUUAGAUGUUGAUGAAGCAUGUAGAUUCUUGAAGGUCGGACUGCUAUGCACACAAGAUGACAUGAAGCUUCGGCCCUCAAUGUCAACUGUUAUAAGGAUGCUGACUGGCGAAAAGGAUGUAAACUCUGUGGAGAUCACAAGGCCUGGUAUUAUUGAUGACUUAAUGGACCUUAAAAUUAAAAGCAAAAACAAGGCUGAUCCAGUGAAUGCAUCCUCCACAUCAUCUGCUCUAGACACGCCCUCAUCCCUAGACGAUACAACGCAUGCAUUCAUGAGCUUCACGACAAUAUCUGAGCGAGAUUGAAGAUAACUGACGGUUGAAAUUCAAGAACUAACUCUCUAAUUCUUUUUCCCAAGUUGUUUAUUUCUUAAUUUUGCAUCUUGUAGAUUCCUCGUCGUGGAAAAUCCCACUAGGAUUGUAAUUGAUACAUAACUCGAUUGUGUAGAAAUUUUGAAGAAUAAAUAUGGAAUUGUUUUCUUGAUUUAA